GUUCCGGGAGGGCGGAGGAGAGGGCGUCAGUCAUUGUCAUCAGGUGCACGCAGAGUCCGCUGCCGGAGCCCUGCAAUGUGCGCUGUACUCCGCCAACCCAAGAGCGUCAAGUUGCGAGCCCUACACAGCGCGUGCAAGUUCGGCGUGGCGGCCCGGAGCUGCCAGGAGUUGCUGCACAAGGGCUGCGUCCGCUUCCAGCUCCCGGUGUCGGGCUCCCGGCUGUGCUUGUACGAAGAUGGCACGGAGGUGACCGACGACUACUUCCCGGGGCUUCCCAACGACACUGAACUCCUGCUGCUCACUGCUGGCCAGAACUGGCAAGGCUGUGACUUCCAAGGUCUCUGGGAAACGUGCAUGUGUUUCUGUUUGUCUCCUGGUGUGGCAGAUGUGAGUGACAUCACUCGCUUCCUCAGUGUGUUUAAUGAGCCACAUGCUGGGGUCAUCCGGGCUGCACGGCAGCUGCUGUCAGAUGAGCAGGCCCCACUGAGGCAGAAGCUGCUGGCCGACCUUCUGCAUCAUGUCAGCCAGAACAUCACUGCUGAGACCCGGGAGCAGGACCCAUCCUGGUUUGAAGGUUUGGAGUCUCGAUUCAGGAAUAAGUCUAGCUACCUGAGAUAUAGCUGCGAGAGCCGGAUCCGGGGCUACCUGAGAGAGGUAAGUGCACACGCCUGUGUGGUGGAUCCAGUGGCUCGAGAAGAAUAUGAGCGGGUCCUUAGCUCCAUGUGCCGGAAGCUCAAGUCUGUGAAGUACAAUGGCAGCUACUUCGACAGAGGUGCAAAGGCCAGCAGCCGCCUCUGUACUCCAGAAGGCUGGUUUUCCUGCCAGGGCCCCUUUGACCUGGAUAGCUGUCUUUCCAAGCACUCCAUCAACCCCUAUGGCAACAGGGAGAGCCGGAUCCUCUUCAGCACCUGGAACUUGGAUCAUAUAAUAGAGAAGAAGCGCACCGUGGUGCCCACGCUGGCUGAAGCAAUCCAGGAUGGGCGGGAGGUGAACUGGGAGUACUUCUACAGCCUGCUUUUCACUGCUGAGAACCUGAAGCUGGUGCACAUUGCCUGCCACAAGAAGACCACACACAAGCUGCAGUGUGACCACAGCAGGAUCUACCGGCCCCAGACAGGAUUCAAGAAGAAGAGGCCUGCUCGGAGGCGCCGGUGACACAUGCCAGCCCUCUGUGAGGUGACUGCAGUGGUGACAGGGCUAUUACGCUUACAUUUUGUCACUUAGAAGGUUCUAGAAAAGCCUUUACGAGUCUCUGACAGAUCUGAGUAUCUUCCCAGUUGGCUCCCCAGCCUCUGACAGCCCAGUGUGCAGAGGACAGUG